CUGAAGAUAUGUUAUGUUCUGUAGCAAUGGUCAAGACUGAUUUAUGUUCUUCUGAAGAAAUGAUAAAUGGGAAGGAUGAAGGAAUUGGGUCAGAUGAUAUCUUGUCAAUGAAAACUUUUAUUUUAUG